AUGCAGGCGGGCCCGAGAGUCUGGAAGCGCUUUACAAUUUCCUACCGUGACCUUCCCCCUCGUUCUCGAGGGCUGCCUGUAUGGGGCUUCGGUGCUAUAACAUUGGCUUCAUUGGCACAGUCAAGGCCUGCAAAGCACGCUUCCACGAGCGCCCCUGAGGCUGGCGGAGGACACACGACGCGCAGAGGCCAUGCAACGCAUUUGUCGAUUAGCGACCCAAGUCACCAUGUGACAGAGGCCAUCGGGCAUAUGUACAACGAUGACUAUGAUCGCAACGAUACUCGGCGGCUCAGCUAUAUAGCGUCUCCCCUUGGCGAGGCAAUCACAACUAUACCGCGACACGCCGCCGCUUCCGAGUCUUCUCUCUCCCCCUCGACGCCCCCACUGCGGUCGCCAACCGAAGGACAACAGAAACAGAGCAAUGGUCACCUACGGCUGGCACUCGCGGGCCAAAGGUCUUUCGACCGGGACAGCGAUCCUGGGUCCCCGGACUCGACGCGAUCGCCCUCUGAAACCGCCACAUCUUCCUUUCCUCUGAACGAUAUCGACUACGAGUCCAACCCCGCCGCGGUCGUCCAGGAGCUGAACAACUUGGCUGCGAUUCGGCGCAUGUCCAUGGAUGUCGCGGCGACAGGUGACCCCGAUCUCCCUUCGUUUGGCGGCAGCCUUUCAUUUCCUUCUCUCCCGCCCUCACCCUCGGCCGAUGAAAACGACGCGUCACGGUUGUUCUGGGUUCCAGCGAGUCUGCACCCGGAGCUGGCACCAAAGGAGUUCAAGUCAUUCCUCGAGAGCAAGGCCGAUGUCAUUAAACGCAAAUCGGGCGAAUUUGGGUCGUCUUUGUCACCUGAGCGUCAGGGAUCGGGGAGCGGGCUCCGCCGAAAGCGAUCGAUGCUGUCUAAGCAGAUUGACGAUUCCUCCGGUUAUAAAGAUGGUGCCGAGCGAUUGGAGCGUCAGCGUUCCCAAUCGAAUCGACGGGAUGGAAUGUUGAGUCCAAACUUGCAGGAGCUGGAGUCGCUGGUGGACGAUACCAAGCUGGAUAGCAAGGAUCUAUUGGUGCGAGAAAUGCAGAACGCAAGCAUUGCAGCGAGCGAGGACAAGCCCAUUCUACCGCCAGCGCCCCCGGGUCACAGCUUACGACGAUCGACUCGGACGCAGUAUAAGAAGGGAAGCUUGAAAAAGGGCGAGAAGCCGCCAUAUUCGAAACGGAUUGGAAGGGCGCUCUCAGAGUCUACCCAUACAGGACCGCCUACGAUCGUUUCCCCCUCCGAGGAUCAGCCAAUUCUUGGAACGACUCGUGUGUCGACAGAUCCGACUCCGGCUGCCGGAGGGCGAGCAGUUCGGUCUCCCUCUACCUCGUCCCGUGGUACAGCUUAUGCGCCAGGCUCUACCACUAGUUCGACAUUUGACUCGAUUCUCGACAAUCCCGAGGCUGAGCAGCAAGAGCAAUCGCCAUCCAAUAACCAGUCUGACGCAUCUUUCGAUCGAUCUGAUUCCGUCGGAAGCAGUGCAAGUUCCCAUUCAAGACAAUGGCAUUCUCGUAUCAGCUCCAAUGGUCGCUCAACCUUGGUUACUCCUCAGGCCGAACAAAAAGUCCCUUCGAUUAUUGAAACUCCUCCUCCUAACGACACCAGUAAUUCGCCAUGCUCAAGUUCUCAGCCCGCUCGAUCGCCGGACCGAGAUGUGCCCUCCGCCUACUCUGGCACGGCAUCCUCGGUGAACGAUUCGACACCUAGCAAGCGACCGUUGACGGGUCGCCAGUCUGGGAAAGAUACUACGUCCACCCUUGAUGAGUUUGCCAACCAACCACAGAUGAUACCGGGCAACAGCACGCGGACUGACAGCCUUUCGUUUAUUCCAACUAUGCCGGAAGAGCGGAAGCCAGAGGAACGCAAGUCUGAAGGGAAAAAGUCGAAGAAAGAUUCCGAAGGUCGCAAGUCUAGCUGGCACUGGCUACUGGGUAGUGAAGAAAAGGAUAAGAAGAAAGAGAAGGACAGUGACUCGAAAAGGAGUAAAUCAAAGUAUACGGAAAAAUCUCACAACAAUGCGCGAAUGGACGUCUUGCAAUCGUCAAUGGACACGACCCCGAAGGGUAGAGAAAGCCUCAUUUUGGACCGCCUUGAUCCAAAAUUGGAGGAAGAGCGGCGGAAAGAUGGUGCGCGGCGGGCUUCUGGCGAGUCGAAGAAAGAAAAGGAUGGCAUUUUCUCAUCAAUCUUUGGCGGUGGUCGCAAGAAGCACAGUGGAGAGGGCCAUCACCGGAAGAACUCGUCUCGAAAUCUCUCUCCGGACCCUCCCAUGCGAGAGCUGCGGGCUGAUGUCGAUUAUGCUUGGACUCGAUUUUCCAUACUUGAAGAGCGAGCCAUCUAUCGCAUGGCCCACAUCAAGCUUGCCAAUCCGCGCCGGGCUCUGUAUUCUCAAGUGUUGCUGAGUAACUUUAUGUACUCAUACCUGGAGAAGGUGCAGCAGAUGCACCCCCAGAUGAUGGUGGCUUCCUCUGGUUCGCAGAGGUCCUCGAAAUCUCAAGAUCAGCCAGAUGAGUACCUGCAAUACCAGCGAUAUCAAGAAAGCUGGAUGACUAACGGUGCAUGGCAGGCGCAAGAGCAACAACAGUACGGGGACAGCGCAUACGACGAGUCCAUGUACGACUAUGACGACGAUCCGCACGAUCGUUACCAGGGCCAAGGAAGGAGUGGUCAGCAUGGCUAUGAAAACGGCCAUUCUUACAACUCGGGCCACUACCAGUACGGGCAUUCGUCCUUUGGCGACGACGUCCAGCUGGAUGACGAUGAUGAUGACGAUAUGUGGUGA